AUGUCAAUGCGACGCUCAGCUCGUGUCCAGACGCAGCCUGUUACUGAGAAGGAACUUCCCAACGGACUGGUCGCUGAAGCGGCUGCACCACCAUCGAAGAAACGAGGCCGCAAGACCAAAGCUACGGAGGACAUCGCCUCCACCGCUAUCGCACAGGAUGGCAUCUCAGCAGACACGGACGCAGCAAAAGCUGCGAUGCCACCACCCCCUACAACGCCGAACAAGCGGCGGAAGGUGGCAAAGGUCGAGACUACUGUGCCUCCCAUUACGCCCACACCCUCUGCGAUUGGGAUGAUGACGAGCAAUAGCGUACUUAGACCAGGCUACAGUACCGGAGACAUAGAUGAUGCGACUCCGCCGCCGCCCGACAGGCCAGCUGAGCCCCAUCAUACCAAUGCCGCCCUGGUCACUCCAGGCGGUACGCAGCAUCUGCCAGUCUACAGCAAUUUUGAGGACACGCCAUCAAAACCUGGUGUCAGGCCAACUACGACGACGGGAUGCCUACUGGAUCAGGCAUGCGCACAUCUCAUCAAAGUAGACGCUAAGCUGAAGCCGGUCAUCGACAAGCACCACUGCCGCAUCUUCUCUCCCGACGGACUGGCCGAGAGCAUCGACCCAUUUCGUUCACUGGCUUCUGGCAUCAUCUCACAGCAGGUUUCAGGUGCGGCAGCGAAGAGCAUCAAGCAGAAGUUCGUUGGUUUGUUCGAACCCGAUGAAUGUCCAGCUGGCUUUCCUCCUCCUGGCGUAGUCGCUGAGACAACCAUCACCCGUCUUCGUGAGGCAGGGCUCUCGCAGAGGAAAGCAGAGUACAUCCAAGGCCUGGCACAGCGGUUCGCCAAUGGGGAGCUCACCGUCGAGAUGCUCACGAACGGCUCUGAUGAGGAAGUGAUGGAGAAGCUUGUCGCUGUCCGCGGGCUUGGGAGAUGGAGCGUAGAGAUGUUCAUGUGCUUUGGCCUGAAACGGAUGGACGUCUUUUCGACUGGGGAUUUGGGCGUGCAGAGAGGAAUGGCUGCGUUCGUCGGACGGGAUGUGGCGAAGCUCAAGGCGAAGGGUGGGAAGUGGAAGUACAUGAGUGAGAAGGAUAUGCUGGAGAUCUCUAAGAAGUUCAGUCCGUAUCGGAGUCUGUUCAUGUGGUAUAUGUGGCGGAUCGAGGAUGUGGAGGUUGACGCGAUGCAGGACGCUUGA